AUGAUAUUUCCUGACAAUGUGGGUUUUCCGAUCGGGGAGCACGGCGCAAUUCCGCAUUACUACAUGUUGGAAAUUCAUUACGAUAAUCCGGCCUUGAUCGAGGGCCUUCGUUUCGAAUCUGGCCUGGCCAUGUACUACACGGACGAACUUCGGCCCAUUGAUGCAGGAAUAAUUGCGUUGGGGCAGAUGGUCGAUGUGGGGUUGACGGUGCCCCCAAUGACGGAUAAUUUCAAGGUGGUCGGUCACUGCAGUCCGGAGUGCACGAGGACCGGUAUCAGACCUGAAGGGAUCACGGUGUUUGCCUCAAUGCAGCACUCGCAUAAAUCUGGAUAA